UUGCUCUUCCCCGCAUUUUUUAUAGUGAAUUUCGAGCUGAACUGCCAUAUGAGGUUAGAUUUGUUGAUUUCUCGGGUCGUCAAUUCACCAUGCUGCUCCAGAAGACUCCUUCUCUUUGUCUAAUAGUGGGCAGAUUGACUCAAUUAAUUAAUGCCUUUAGCAUCAAGGGAAGAUGCUGGUUCUUUAUGGCAUAUGUCGGUAAUACCGAGUUCGUUAUUUUUCAUGUGCUAGAUGCAAAUGCACGUUUCCCAGAUGCGGGAGUAUCCUCGGACAAGCCUUUUGCUGUAGCUGAACUAUUAGGGAAUAUUUAUAAUUUGGCCGCUUAUUUUGUGCCCGCUUUGGGUGAUGAUGAGGAUUUGUUGCUACCAGAUUCAUUCCACUCUAAUUUGGCUUCAGCAAUAUAUCCCAAUGGUAAUACAUAUACCAUCCAGUUUGCAUCUACCAUACAAAAUUUGCCCAUGCUGUCAUUGCUUCUGGAGAUGUAUUUGACUUUUGUUACUGCAUUUGCUGUAAUGCCUCUUGAUUAUCGUGCCUUCACUUCAAUGAUUGGUCAUUAUUCAGUUGCGUACCCCGGAGUACUACUCAGCUUGCUACCAAACCGUGAGGCUGUUGUAGUCGACAAAAAGAUUACAAAAUACCAAGCUGACGAAUAUAUUCUGUUUUGUUCAAAGGGCUUUCCGGAUUAGACCUGAUCA